AUGUAUUCUAUCAUCAUCUGCUUUAUCAAGAUCUCAAUACUCCGGCAAUUCCUCGAGAUCUUCAGCCUGAAGCGAGAUUAUUUCUUCUGGACCUGCCACUGUCUUAUCUGCAUUAACAUUCUAUACUAUACCGUCUUCACCUUUACGAUCAUCUUCGCCUGCAAUCCUAUCUCGAAAUACUGGGACGUUCUAAGAACAGAGGGCAAAUGCCUCAAUACAGAGCUACAGAUGUUUGUGGCAGGAAUUAUCAAUACUAUAUCCGAUCUGACAAUUUUGAUUCUCCCUCAUCUGAAAGUCUGGAAGCUCCAGAUGUCGCCCCGGAAGAAACAUGCUAUUUCCGUGGUGUUUCUGUUUGGCUUGAUGUAUGUUCAUCCAUCCAGUCCUCACUCAUGCCUUGAGAGUGCCUCCGGGCAACAUUCUGAUUAA